AUGACCAGUCACCCUCCAUCAUGUGAGAGCACCAACUCGAGAUCUUCAUGCCCAGGACUAACAGUCAACAGGAUUGAGCCUUCAAUUCGCGUUCGUCGGGCAAUUCAUGCCAAUGAUGCGACUCUCCUCCGCCGAAUUCUCAAGACACAUCCCAAUCUUCUCCUCAACCCCGACUCUUCACCAUCCGGCCUUUCCAAUUCGAACAUGCACUUAGCAGCCUCUCUAGGCCACCGCGAAGUUUGCGAAGUCCUCUUACAGCUCGGCCACGAAGAUCCCGUCCCUGCACUCAACGAGACCCAUCAAACAGCACUGAUGCUCGCCUCAGCCGGUGGCCAUACCGAGGUUGUCCAACUCCUCUGCGAACACGAUAAAACAUGUAUUCUUCGUCGCGACAUUCGAGGUCGCGAUGCCGUGAUGGAAGCUAGUCUUGGCGGACACGACACUAUUGUACAAAUCCUCCUUACAUUUGUCCCUGGAGGACCUUACGACGCAGUCCGCCGUGCGGACGUGGAAGGAAAUACGGCAUUACAUUUUGCGAGCGGGAACGGAAACCUGUUGGUGCUGCGAACGCUGCUGGCGGCGGGCGCGGAUAUACAUAAGCGCAACAUUUGGAACUGGACACCGGCUGCGUACAGCGCUACUGUUCAGGCCGAGGUCUACCUGAAGGGUUUGGUGAAUGAAGUUGGGAAGAGACAGCAGCAGCAACAAAAGAGAGAGAUUGAGUCGGCUAAGAAGGGAGGCGGAGUUCGGGUCGUCGAAGCUACGAGCGACGAAGACUGA